GUCAGUUCAUUAUUUCUGGUGACACAAAGUCCAAAUAUAAUUUGACAAUUCCCCCUACCAUUAUUAAUCUUCUUUCAUGAUUGUAAUGCCUCUGCAAAAAUAUUGUCUGUUGGACAAUUGCUACCAAAAUCUUUAGAUAUCAUUUGUUUUCAAAACAUCAGAGAUUUUAAAAUAAUGACAGUAAUUAAAUUUAGCGUUUUGUUUCCUUGUUCUUUUCAUAGCCUCUUUCUUUAACUAAAGAUUGGCUUUUAAAAAGGUUUGGGGUGUGUACUUGUAUCAUGUUUAAACUCUGAAGGAUUGCAAUCUAGUGGGUAGCCCCUAUGCAUGAGAAUAGAUUGGAUGCUUAAGCACUCACUGAUUCUUUAACCUGUUGCUUAAAAAUCCCCUCCUCCGAUGGAGUUACCUUAGAACUGUAAGCCUCAGCGUGCAGUGUGACUUUCACUGUUGUGGGGCAUGGCAGGGAAAGGAUGGAAACCAAGGUGGAACCUAGCACUGAAGUAGAUCCUUGCAUCUCUGCCCUCUGAGAACAUUCAGAGAGCAAAGAGCUGGAGCCUCCUGUGAGCAGGGCUGGCCAGUUGAGUCUGCAGCAAGUCAAAAUGUCAAGAUCAGCUGAAUAAUAAUCCACAGAUGAAAUGUCAGUGUGGACACCCAAUAUGCAUUUAUCAAUAGCAGGAGAUCAGGUACUGAUACCACACAGUACUGCUUCUCUACCGCGUGUAGAAGUUUUACAAAGGUCAAGGAGUCCACAGGCAUCAAAUGUCUCUCGAAGCUGUCUUGCUUUGUUGGGAAAGUUGUCACUGGAUAACACUCACUGAAGAAAAAAAGUGUUUUUAGAAACAGAAGAAGCAGUUACCCAGCCUUUCAGAGAGUAAACAUUAAAAAGCGGCCUCAAAACCAGAAAUGACUUUGCCUGAAUGUGGUGAAGCUCCCAAAGCAUGGAUAAAGACUAGGCAUAAGGUCAUGCCUUAGGAAGAGACUACAGUCAGUGUCCUGAGUCGAGUCUUUGUGAAUCCUGUGGGACAGAAGAAAGAAGCCAGUUUUGAAUCUGGAAUGAUUCUGAGACUAUACUUAUUACAGCUGUAUGUCUCUGAAUAUUGAUCUUUUACUUUGACCUCAACCUGGAGCAGUGUUAAGAGAGAUUUCAUUGGAUCAGGAGCCAUCAUUUGAGAUGCUUCCGUUGUCUGGGAAAACAAUAAUAUUUGAUAGCUUUCCAGAUCCUUCAGAUACCUGGGAAAUAAUUGAGACUAUCGGCAAAGGAACUUAUGGAAAAGUUUUCAAGGUGUUAAAUAAGAAAAAUGGCAGCAAAGCAGCAGUCAAAAUUUUGGAUCCUGUUCAUGAUAUUGAUGAAGAAAUUGAAGCUGAGUACAACAUUUUGAAAGCUCUCUCUGAUCAUCCCAAUGUAGUCAAAUUCUACGGCAUGUACUAUAAGAAAGAUGUGAAAAAUGGAGACCAGCUUUGGCUAGUUCUUGAGCUGUGCAAUGGUGGAUCUGUGACUGAUCUUGUGAAAGGAUUUCUGAAGAGAGGCGAAAGGAUGAAUGAACUUAUAAUUGCUUACAUUUUACGCGAAGCUCUGAUGGGACUUCAGCACUUGCAUGAAAACAAAACAAUCCACCGUGAUAUUAAGGGAAAUAAUAUCCUUUUGACCACUGAAGGAGGAGUCAAGCUUGUGGAUUUUGGUGUGUCUGCUCAGCUGACCAGCACUCGUCUCCGUCGGAACACCUCCGUGGGCACCCCGUUCUGGAUGGCUCCAGAGGUGAUUGCCUGUGAGCAGCAGCUAGAUAGCUCCUAUGAUGCUAGAUGUGAUGCAUGGUCUCUGGGUAUUACUGCAAUAGAGCUGGGAGAUGGAGAUCCACCUCUUGCUGAUUUGCAUCCCAUGAGGGCACUCUUCAAAAUACCAAGGAAUCCUCCUCCGACGCUACAGCAGCCUGAACUGUGGUCACCUGAAUUCAAUGACUUCAUUAACAAGUGCUUGACUAAAGAUUAUGAGAAGCGUCCAACAGUAUCUACUCUUUUGCAGCAUGAUUUUAUUAAGCAAAUUGAAGGAAAAGAAAACGUGCUACAAAGGCAACUCAUGGAAUUUAUUGAUGUUCAUCAACAAAUGGGAGUCACUGAAAAGGCAAGAUUUGAACGUAUUCACACAAAGAAAGGGAACUACAGUAAGUCACUAGUUUCAAACCAAGAAGAAGUAGAUGAUUUAGCAACCUUGGAGGUACUGGAUGAGAAUACAGUAACGGAACAGUUGCAGAAGGGUUAUGCCAAGGACCAGAUCUACACAUACGUUGGGGACAUUCUCAUCGCUGUCAAUCCAUUUCGGAACAUAGAUAUUUAUUCUUCACAGCAUUCCAAACUGUACAUUGGAGCCAAACGGACUGCCAACCCUCCUCACAUUUUUGCUGUUGCUGACAUAGGCUAUCAGUCCAUGGUGACAUACAACUCUGAUCAGUGUAUUGUUAUUUCUGGAGAAAGUGGAGCUGGCAAGACGCAAAGUGCCCAUCUGCUGGUUCAGCAGCUCACUGUCCUCGGCAAGGCUAAUAACAGGACUCUGCAGGAGAAGAUUCUCCAGGUGAACAACCUUGUAGAAGCAUUUGGGAAUGCAGGCACUAUCAUCAAUGAUAAUUCAAGCAGAUUUGGAAAAUAUUUGGAAAUGAAAUUCACUUGUGGUGGCACUGUAGUAGGAGCUCAGAUUUCAGAGUACCUCCUUGAAAAAUCCAGAGUUGUCCAUCAGGCAGUAGGAGAGAAAAAUUUCCAUAUUUUUUAUUAUAUUUAUGCUGGUCUCGCAGAAAAGAAAAAACUGGCACAUUAUAAACUGCCAGAAUAUAGACCUCCCAGAUAUCUGCAAAAUGAUCAUUUCAGAAUAGUGCAAGAUUUCAUGAACAAUAGCUUUUAUAAGUCUCAGUUUGAAUUAAUAGAACAGUGCUUCAAAGUCAUAGGUUUUACACUGGAGGAACUUGGAAGUGUGUACAGUGUCCUGGCUGCCAUUUUAAACGUGGGUAACAUUGAAUUUUCUGCAGUAGUAUCUGAACAUAUGAUUGACAAGAGCAACAUUUCCAAUCCAGUAGCCCUUGAGAACUGUGCAUCCCUGCUGUGUAUUCAGGCAGAUGAACUGCAAGAGGCCCUCACCUCUCACUGUGUAGUGACUCGAGGAGAAACAAUUAUUCGUCCCAACACUGUGGAAAAAGCCACUGAUGUCAGAGAUGCCAUGGCCAAAGCACUGUACGGGCGCCUCUUCAGCUGGAUAGUCAAUCGCAUCAACACUUUACUCAAACCUGACAAACAUUUAAGUGAAAAUGAUGAUGGCUUGAAUAUUGGAAUUCUUGAUAUCUUUGGCUUUGAGAAUUUCAAAAAAAAUUCUUUUGAACAACUCUGUAUCAAUAUUGCCAAUGAACAAAUUCAGUUCUACUUCAAUCAACAUGUCUUUGCCUGGGAACAGAAUGAAUACCUUUAUGAAGGUGUUGAUGCUAGAGUUAUAGAAUAUGAGGACAACAGGCCCCUCCUAGAUAUGUUCCUGCAGAAACCAAUGGGUUUAUUGUCUCUGCUGGAUGAGGAAAGUCGAUUCCCACAAGCAACAGAUCAGACACUUGUAGAAAAAUUUGAAGAUAAUUUGAAAUCAAAAUAUUUUUGGAGACCCAAAAGAGUAGAUCUAACCUUUGGAAUUUAUCAUUAUGCAGGAAAGGUUCUAUAUAAUGCAAGUGGAUUCCUAGCCAAAAAUAGAGAUACUCUGCCAGCUGAUAUUGUGCUGCUGCUGCGAUCAUCUGAAAACAACCUGACACGACAGCUGGUAACUCACCCUCUCACAAAAACAGGUAACCUGGCACACACCAAAAGCAAAACUACAAUCAGUUAUCAAAUGUGGACCUCCCAGAAAUCAAUCAGUCAUACAAAGAAUGAAGCAGGAGAUACUGGACAUCAUCCAAGAGAAACAACCAGCAUGAAAACACAGACAGUUGCUUCUUAUUUUAGAUAUUCUCUGAUGGAUUUGUUAUCCAAAAUGGUCGUUGGCCAGCCCCAUUUUGUCAGGUGCAUCAAACCAAACAACGACCGGCAGGCAAACAAGUUUGACAAAGAAAAAGUGUUGGUUCAGCUGCGUUACACGGGAAUUCUGGAGACAGCACGGAUUCGAAGACAGGGUUAUUCACAUCGUAUACUCUUCGCUAACUUCAUAAAACGGUAUUACCUCAUCUGUUACAAAACAAAUGAUGAUCCUCCAGUCAGCCCGGAGACCUGUGCUGCCAUCUUGGAAAAAGCCCACCUUGACAACUGGGUUCUUGGAAAAACUAAAGUAUUCCUCAAAUACUAUCAUGUGGAGCAGCUGAAUUUAAUGCGGAAGGAGACAGUUGACAUGAUUAUUUUGAUUCAAGCUUAUGUCAGAGGGUGGCUGGGUUCGAGGAGGUACAAAAAGAUAAAGGAACAAAGGGAACAAAGUGCUAUUAAAAUACAGUCAGCUUACAGGGGGUUUGUUGCUCGUAAAGAAUACAAAAAUGCAAAGCAUAAUAAGAAAGUGGAAGAAUAUAUGACCAAAUUUCAAGCAAUUGCCAGAGGAUACUUACUCAGGAAGAAGAGAAAAGAACUAACUGAAACAAGAAACAAAGCAGCAAUAACAAUUCAGUCUCACUACAGGGGAUAUAAGGAGAGGAAGGUCUUCAAAAGCAGGAGGGAAUCACUUAGAAUGCAAGAAAUUGAAAAUGCAGCAACCAUUAGCAAGAAGGAAAAUGAUGAAGAACUUCAAGAUCCUGAGGAAAGUCCAACUGAAGUGGAAGGUGCCCUCCCUAGAACAGAAGAAGAAGCAGCUGCCAUAGCAGAGGAUGAAUUAUCUGCUGUGGAAUUCCUGGAAGCACAACUGCAGCCAGCUCAAAAUGAUACACUGGAAGAAGUGGAGAGUGAGGAGAUUCAAGAUGAACCUGGUGCUGUCACUGACAGCAAGUGCUGCAGGUACAGUGACACAGGGAAUGGAGAGGAGCAACAGCAAACAUCUACUGAAGGAGAGGCAGCUUCUGUGAAGCAGAAUCUGGCAGUAGAAGAGGUUAGUGAAGGUGAAGAACAGGACUCUUUGGAAGAGUUACCCAGCAAAUCUUCUGUCAAAACCUCAGCUGAACCUAGACCCCAGCAAGAUAAUCAAGACACACUCAGUGCAGACUGGCAAAAUCAAGAAUCUGCUGUGGUCCAGCCCAGGACUGACAGGGAUGUGGAAAGAAACUACCUAAAGCAUGAAGCAGCAAUGCCUACAGGAGGUAAAGGAAUCACAAGAAAAGAGUCACUAAGAAGAAGCUCAUGGAAGCAAGCUGAGGCAGAAAAGCAAGGUUCUGAAGACAAAGAGAAGGCAGCAGUGGUAAUUCAGAGCAAUUACCGGGGUUACAGAAGGAGAGGACAACUCAGAAAAGAAGGGAAACUACCUUGCAAAAGUCAAGAGAAAACAAUAAAGGAGCCAACAGAAGCAAUACAUGUUCAAAAUAACAAUCCCCAAACAACGAAAGGUAGGGAAAGAACCAGUACAGAGGCUGAAGACUCUAAGACACUGAAGGGAGACUCAGAGAAAGAGGCCUGUGAUUUGGCAGCCUUUUCACGACAGAUAUCAAAAUUAUCUGAGGAUUACUUAGCAUUGCAGCAAAAACUGAAUGAAAUGAUAUUGUCCCAUCAGCUGAGACCUGUGAUGAUGCCCAAAGAUAAGCAAGCUAAUGGCCGGCUUUCUUCUCAUGUUUGUCAGUCAGUCAUGGCCAAAGUAGAAGACUCUCGCCCAAUGCAGAGACCCCCCAGACGGCCACGGAAGCCCAAGACAUUAAAUAAUCCAGAAGACUCCACCUACUACACUCUAAUACAUAAAUCAAUACAAGAUGAAAAACGGAAACCAAGAAAAGAAAGUCUGAGCAAAGUGCUAGAUUUAGAUAUCUACUACCAAGAAAUUUCAUCUACUGACUCGAGCUCCAAGGACAGCAGUACUACCACAAGAAGGAAGAGAUACCCAGUUGAGCGCAGGACUUCCAUUUUACGAGCUACUGAGAGGUCGAGGGUUGCAGAAAGACCCCUGGAAGAGAGCAAAGCUGAAGAUAAUCCCUAUGACUACAGACGACUGCUGCGGAAGACCUCACAGCGCCGGCGCCUUAUCCAGCAGUUCUAGCUGCUGCUGCUGUUCCUGCUGCCAUUUGGCUUUUAUUAGCAUAAUUUUUUUUUAUCAUUUUAUACCAUGUGUUUCCUUUUUUUUUUUAAUCUUCAAUGUUUCAAGUUUAUGUGUGUGUUCAUGUGAAUAUGAAUUACUGUGGUUUACAGCCCAACACCAUCGCAAAGGGACACUGUCAGUCACAUAUCCUGUUCUUCCCUAAUAAAAAAAUCAGCUUUCUUUCAUGUACCAUUGCUACAUCUUAAAAUUAUUAUAAUAGCUUAAGUCUAGUUUACUUUUAGCAGUGCAUAUUUAUUUUUUCCAUUUCAUCAGUCUCAUCCAAUCAAAAUAAUAAUUUACUUUACAGUUCCCUAGCUAAGCUUUCUAAUUUCCAUAUUCAGCUUCAGAAAACCUUAGUUAUUGUUUCUAACAAAUUGUUUUACAAGAAAAAAAAUAUUACAAGAACACCAUGGGGGAAUUUCGGCUUAUUUUAGUUUACAUUGCUUAAAUUUUAGGAUGACCUGUUUGUGUCAAGUGUCCCUCUAAUGAAAACAUAUACAAUUAAUGGGAUAGCAUACUAUGGCAAUUUAUUUCAUUAUUGACUUUACUGUAAAGCUAGUAGCCAGUUUUAAAGGUCAAUAUUGUGUGUAUAAUCUUUAUGUUGGAGAUGUCCAUUUUGGGAACUAUAUCCAGCCCUCUCCUCUGCCUCUGAGCUUUGUGACUAAGUGAUGAACUUCUAAAUCAUGUUUGCUUUGUUCUCAUUUGCAUUAGAUUUUUAGGAAUUUUAAUCUCUGGGGUACCAAGAAAGGAAUAGAAAUACACGCUCUGGUUGAUUGCUGCUGAAAUGUAAUGAUCAUUCUUAAUCAGUUCCACUAGAAAUUAAAUGAAAAUAAAAGCAAUAGCCCCAGUGUUCAAAUUUCCCCCUGAUUCCGUAUUCAAAAGACCUUAUUUCACAGAAACCACACAGAUAAUUGCAGCACUUCCUUUCAGGAUUCAUAAUUGCAUGUUCCCAGCUGCAAAGCAAGAGAAGGCAAAUUUCAUGAUGCCAGCAUAAAGGCCUGAUCCUACUCGGUUCCUCAGCCCUCCUAAAUGUGACAAUUGGUGGCAGCAGUCAGCCACAGGGGCUGGGUUUUGGCCUUUUCCCCAGAGACAGAUAACCAUUGCUUCCUGAUCUGUAACUAGUUACAAGGCUGUGCACCGGAUUAAAACGUACAGCAAUGUAAAAUUUGCUAUAAAUUGUUAAAAUUUUGAAAUCUGGUCUAAAGUUGCUUUGUCAUGUAUUAAUGAAACGGUAAAUAAAAAUGUACAAAGCAGUGA